GAGACCUGAGAUGGUCGUUCGUGUUUGGUGUGUGUCGGUAGCACAUGGGGGCACGGCAGGUGAAGUUGCUGAGAAGUUCGGCUCGGGACUGCGGAGGCCAUUAGGGUCUUUGCCCGAAGUGGCCUGGAGUGGGAUCGUAGCCUGGUGGAUCUGCGAGGGGUGCGGGUCUCGCUUUGUCUCUAAUGUCCUGCUGCCCUGGCAGCGGGAAUUCCCGCAAGGCGCGCGGCGUCCGGGCCUGGUCCAGGGGCGGGGCGGGGCGCGGCGCAGAAUGAAGCAGCCCGGCCCCCUAAGUUCCAGUCUGAGCUGCGGCGGCCCGCACAGUCAGAGCGGCGCUGGGCGGCGAGUUUGUCAACAAUCGCCUUGCCUUCGGCUGCCUGACCCGUAGGCGCCGCCCCCGCCGCCUCUGCCCAUUGGUUACGAUGAGGAGCGACCGCGCGCGGGCCAAUGGGGAGCACUAGCAGCCGGCGCCAGGGGCGCAAGGCUGGCGGUGUCCGCGCGGCGGCGGGAGCAGCGCGCGAGGGGCGGAGCGGGAGGAGGCGGAGGAUGAUCCCGGCGGCGGCCGGUGCAGCGCGGGCCAGAGGCGCGGCGCGCGAAACCUUGGGCUCCCCGGCGGAGCGGAGCGGAGGGCGGACGGGCAGGCGCGGGGCUCUGGAGCCCAGGACCCGGCUUUGUUUCCCUUGCCUCCUCGGUGGCGACGUGCAGGGAUCGUCCGAUCGGCGCAACACGCCGCGCUCGGAAGGGAAGGGGCGGACAAAAAAAGACCAAAUGGCCAAGCAACCUUCUGAUGUAAGUUCUGAGUGUGACAGAGAAGGUGGACAAUUGCAGCCUGCUGAGAGGCCUCCCCAGCUCAGGCCUGGGGCCCCUACCUCCCUACAGACAGAACCGCAAGGUAAUCCCGACGGCGAAGGGGACCGCUGCCCCCACGGCAGCCCUCAGGACCGCUGCCCCCACGGCAGCCCUCAGGGCCCGCUGGCCCCACCGGCCAGCCCUGGCCCUUUUGCUACCAGGUCCCCACUUUUCAUCUUUGUGAGAAGAUCUUCUCUGCUGUCCCGGUCCUCCAGUGGGUAUUUCUCUUUUGACACAGACAGGAGCCCGGCACCCAUGAGUUGUGACAAGUCAACACAAACCCCAAGUCCUCCUUGCCAGGCCUUCAACCAUUAUCUCAGUGCAAUGGCUUCCAUAAGGCAGUCUCAGGAGGAACCUGAAGAUAUGCGCCCAGAGAUACGGAUUGCACAGGAGCUGCGGCGGAUCGGAGACGAGUUCAACGAAACUUACACAAGGAGGGUGUUUGUAAAUGAUUACCAAGGGGCUGAAGACCACCCUCAGAUGGUUAUCUUACAACUGUUACGCUUCAUCUUCCGUCUGGUAUGGAGAAGGCAUUGACAGGAUCUUCAUGCAGCCAGGAUACAUGGCGGACAUUGGUCUUGUUCAGACUGGGAGAACCCCAGCAUUUCCAUCUCUUGGUGCUGCGACAGUACAUCCAGUGGUUCUAUCCCAGAGAGGUGUGCUGAGCGUGGACAGCGCUCUGCACUGUGUUGAUGUGGAUGGAACCUCUGUUCAUCACCACAUGGCUGAAUUUUCAGUAAAUAUUUGUUGUGAAUGUAAACAAGGGAGGGUUUUUCUCUUUUUAAUGUACAGAUCCUAGGACAGAGAAAUUAUGCAAGAGAGGUGUUUACAUGUGGCGUGUUAAUUUUUUUAAACCCACUUUCUUUGAUAACUGUUUUUUUUGUUGUUGUUUUGUUUCAGAAAGGAACGCUUUUUAGCCAAUUUAUGGAUGAUUUUUAUACUCAAAUUUCUUAACCCAUUACCUACUCAGGGGAUUACGUCACCCUGCAGUGGGAACUGAGCCAGCUGAUUUAUAAGGCUGCCUUAGUUUAUUUUUAGAGAUUACUGUACAGAAGUUUUUAAACAGGAAGGGUAUGGUGUUGCCCUCUCUCCUCUGCCAUGGCCUCUUCGAGUUCCCUUUUGAAUUAUUACUACCAAAACAGUUCUUAUGAAAUGGAAUGAGUUCAAGCAGCAGAGGCUCUGUUCUGGUACGCCACUUCCAUUUUGUAAAUAUUUACCUCCUUAGCUCAGUUGCUCCUGUGGCAGAAAUUCACACUCUUGUGCUUCCCCCUCAGCUCGUCAGACCCCUCAGUCUGUUUCCACACUGACGGCACAGGUUCAGCCCAGGGUAUUUUCAGAUGUAUCUGUGUCGGCAAGGGCUAGGGGCUGCCCGGAUUGUUCCCAGCUCCGUCAAUCAAGCUGACUCAUGGGAAGGGCUCUUGUGUGCUUCACUUUGCUGUGGUGGGUUUGUUUGUCUCUUUUAUUUGGAGAGAACACGGGCUUACACACCACUUGCUGAAGCUGUUAGCUCUUCUGGUUGCUGGCUUUGCUGCCGCCAUAGGCUCUGCUUUGCUGUGUGUACCAGCUGAGCUGGAGCCCACACUUCCUUGGGGAUUGGCCAGCUCAUUUUCAGGAGCAGGGAGCUCAGGUGAUCCUUUUCCGUGCUUCUCGGUGUGUAGCCCUGCUCACCCCACCUGGCCUGUGAUUCCUGGAUUUUCAUCUCCAUUCCCUUAAGUUAGGGGCUGCCUCUACUUCAUAGGAAACCUCCAUCAUAACCAAGAAAAGCCUUUGUCUUCCACAAGAUGUCUGCCUGCUUUGCUCUCUCCAUGUUCCUAAUACUUGGAUCUUGUUGGGCCACUUGUGUCUGGGGUGGGGGAUGGGGUGCUCUUUCUCGGUCCCUGCCCCUGAGGACCACGUGUACCAGCAGCCCAUACAUUGGUCAGUUGUUUCAAGAGAGCAGGCAGGACUGGAAGUGUCUAGCCUGGUGAAGGAGCCCUUUCUAACCUGUGUAGAGGCUCUGUGUACCAUCCCCAGCAACUCCCAAAACAAAACAGCACACCUGUAAGGCAGACAGCCAGGGGAGAUACAAAAAAGGACCAAGAAGAAAGAACCUGGGAGGGGUUGGGUGGGGGGAGUGGCGAGCCCUCUAACUUGUGAGAACUUCAGAUGUCAGACAGCUUGCUUAGGGAGCUGUAUGAGUUUCCGAGCAAGUCAGCCGUGCCAACGACUAUUUGCUUUUGGCCUGUAGAAAGCCAGUGGUUUUUCUUACAUUAUGAAGUAGAGAAAUCCAUUCGUUCCUACUUUCCUCUGUGUGUGUGUGCGUGUGCGUGUGCGUGUGCGCGUGUGUGUGUGUGUGUGUGUGUGUGUGUGUGUGUGUGUGUAUUGCCUAUAUGCUUCCUUCUAGAUUGAGAUCAUCUGAUUCUAAAUCUUUGUAAAUGUUUUCCCAGCUUCCUUAGAUGUGUAAUGGUUUGAAAGCUGUUUUGGCGUUCACUUCUUUUCCUGAUGUAUUGAGCCUGCUCAUGGGUUCCCAUGAGGCCUAUGGUUGUAAGUUGGUGUUAAAAGUACAACCAUGGCUCUGCCACACACACACACACACACACACACACCAAAGACAUAGUUGGUCCUGGGCCAUUCCCCCUCCAGGACCUCCAUUCUCAUGUGCCAGUCUCCCCGACUGGAGCACUUUACUGUCUCAGCCCCUGUGACUCUGUGGUACUGCCUGGACAGGUGCAGAAGCUCCCAGAGCCAGGUGCCAGUGGCAUGUGUGGCCCCUAAAGCAUGCUUACCUCCAGCCUGGGGCUGGCCACAGAAGCAGCUCAUAGGGAAAUAAGAUUCUAUGAAUUGUAGAAGUAUUCAAGAACAGGAUGCGGCACCCAGAACUUAAACAUGACUGGAUGUCCCUGUACUGUAUCUAUUUCUUAAAGUGCAAACGUCCCUGCUUACUGUGUGUAGGCCUUUGUACUUAAAUAUAUUUUCUCUCUUUUUUUGGUAGAAUUGAAUCUAGAUCUCCCUCCCCCUGUGUGUGUCUGUGUGUGUGUGUGUAGAGUGUGACUGUGUGUAUGUAACAGAAACUAGAUCUUCCUCCCCCUCAUGUGUGUGUGUGUGUGUGUGUAAACAUAAUGCGGGUUUUGUGCCUUGACAGCCUCCCCAUGUGAGGUUUGUAAAUAGUGUCCUGUGACUUCACCUCAAGUUGGAAUAAACAUACAAAAU